GAUUUCUCUAAAUCAUUCCAGAUGAGGGAGUGUCUCAAAAACAGAAUGGCUUCCAGAUCAGCUUCUCCUGAGGAGGAUCUCUCCUGUCCUUUUUGCCAUGAGAUCUUCAAAGAUCCUGUGGUCUUGUCGUGUAGCCACAGCGUCUGUAAAGCCUGUCUGCAGGAAUACUGGAAACAGAGGCGAUCUCGGGAAUGUCCAGUGUGCAGGAAGAGAAGCAAAUCAAAAGGCAAUCCUCCCUGUAACCUAGUUUUAAAGAAUCUGUGUGAGGCCUUCUUACAGGAGAGGAGGCGGAGAAAUUCAGGGGAGUCUGAGGAGCACUGCAAUCUGCACAACGAGAAACUCAAGCUCUUCUGUCUGGAUGAUAAACAGCCCAUCUGUGUUGUGUGUCAGGCCUCCAGAAAACAUAAAAACCACAACUGCUGCCCCAUAGAUGAAACUGCACAGUAUCAAAAGGAGGAACUCCAGACGUUCCUGAAGCCCUUACAGGAGAAGCUGGAGGUCUUUAAUAAAGUUAAACAAAUCUGUGACCAAACAGUAAAACACAUUAAGAACAAGGCCCAGCACACAGAGAUGGUGAUUAAAAAAGAUUUUCAGAAGCUCCACCAGUUUCUACGAGAGGAAGAGGAGGUGAGGAUAGCUGUUCUGAGGGAGGAAGAGGAGCAGAGGAGUCAGGUGAUGAAGGAGAAGAUUGAGGAGAUGAGCAGAGAGAUAUCAUCACUUUCAGACAUAAUCAGAGCCUUAGAGGAGGAGCUGAGAGCUGAAGACAUCUCAUUCCUGAAGAACUACAAGGCCAUAGUGAGAAGAACCCAGUGCACACUGCCGGAUCCACAGCUGGUCUCAGGGUCGCUGAUAGACGUGGCCAAACACCUGGGAAACCUGCAGUUCAGAGUCUGGGAGAAAAUGCAAGGGAUUGUGCAAUACAGUCCUGUCACUCUGGACCCUAACACUGCCCACCUAGGUCUCGUCCUAUCUGAGAAUCUGACCAUUGUGGAAUGCACAAAUGAGAAACAGCAGUUCCCUGACAACCCAGAGAGGUUUGAUUACUAUGCAUGGGUCUUGGGUUCUGAGGGAUUUAACUCCGGGACACACAGCUGGGACGUUGAGGUUGGGAACAAUACAUUCUGGUCACUGGGUGUGAUGGAAAAGUCUGUCCAGAGGAAGGGAGCAGUUAAUACUGGACACUGGAGAUUCUGGCACUUCAAAGGUAAAUACGGAGCAUUUUCCCCACCAGAAUCAACCAGUGUCCUCCCUGUGGCAAAGAAACCCAAGAGGAUCAGAGUUCAGCUGGACUGGGACAGAGGAGCGCUGUCAUUCUCUGACCCUGAUGAGAACACAUGUUUACACACUGUUGCACACACUUUCACUGAGAGAGUCUUUCCAUACUUGGGUAGUUACUGCAAGCUCUCCCCUCUGAGAAUCGUACCAGCAAAGACCUCUGUAAAAGUACAGCAUAGUUAGAAUCUCUGUCUAGUGCAACAGCAUCUAUUGAUUAUCAUACGUCUGUCAAUGCAUGUUUAUAGGUCAAAAAGAAUCUUACAAAUCAACUCAAUUUUAUUUUACAAUGAACAUAAAAUGGUUGUUUGACAGUGAAAUGUAUAGAAUGUUAAAGGUAAUGGUGCCCUUUUUCUUGAUCACCCUCGUCACAGUGCACUACCAUUGCCCUUCCCCUUCAUGUGAUGUUUCUGCUCAUCUUAAAAAUCUACUUGACAGUCAGUCACACUUAACUGUAUAUUCAUUGUAACAUUAUUUGGGAAGCUUAGCCAGUAGAGGCUUCUGUUCUGGAGGAUGCCAGACAGAGCGUUAUAAUAAUAAUAAGGAUAAUGAUUCCCAUCUGGCUCAAAGAACCAUGAAACAUAAUGCAAUCUAGUGGUGGGGUUGUCUCAGAGAGGGGUUUAGAACAACCAACCCAGGUACUUGGUGCUGUUACCUGGGACGGGUACAGAGUGUUCAUACUGUAGGCAGGUGAGCUGACCGAUGCCUGGUCAGUGAGGACUAGGUAUGUAUGAAGUGUCCUGGCAGUUGCACAGCUCCAGGUGGUUUGACCUGUUAGGAGACAACCUGACCAGUCCUGUAGGCUUUGAACCUCAGCAGAGCAGGCCGACUGUCAGAGAGAAGGAUCUGUCAAACUAAACCUGAGGUAUUCUAUCCGCCCUGUGUAUUGUAAAUGAUUUGUACGGCCUGUUGUAUGUCUUGUUAUUACCAGUUAUUCUCUAUAAUAAAAUUGGACAAAAAA